CAGGAGAAAGCCUUGGAACAUUGCUGGAGAAAGUAAACCAUCUCCUUAACCGAAGGAAUCCUUUUUGCUUAUUACAGCAGAAAUGCCAGCUUAUUUAUAGGAAUUGCUUACAGCCAGAGUCAUGGUGGAUGUAGGGAAGUGGCCAAUCUUCACUCUGCUCUCACCUCAAGAAAUUGCAUCUAUUCGGAAAGCAUGUGUUUUUGGCACCUCAGCUAAUGAAGCCCUGUAUGUUACUGACAAUGAUGAGGUCUUUGUAUUUGGAUUGAACUAUAGUAACUGUCUAGGAACUGGAGAUAAUCAGAGUACUCUGGUCCCCAAAAAGCUAGAAGCCUUAUGUGGAAAGAAGAUUAAAAGCCUUAGUUAUGGAAGUGGACCACAUGUUCUUCUCAGCACUGAAGAUGGAGUUGUUUAUGCGUGGGGCCACAAUGGAUAUAGCCAGCUGGGGAAUGGGACAACCAACCAAGGCAUUGCUCCCAUUCAAGUCUGCACCAAUCUCUUGAUCAAGCAAGUAGUUGAAGUGGCUUGCGGCUCACAUCACUCAAUGGCUCUGGCAGCUGAUGGAGAGGUGUUUGCUUGGGGAUAUAACAACUGUGGCCAGGUGGGAUCAGGAUCUACAGCAAAUCAACCAACUCCCCGAAAAGUUACAAACUGUUUACAUAUUAAGAGGGUAGUUGGCAUUGCUUGUGGCCAGACGUCAUCCAUGGCUGUACUGGACAAUGGUGAGGUGUAUGGCUGGGGUUACAAUGGCAAUGGUCAGUUGGGCUUGGGAAACAACGGUAAUCAGCUGACACCCGUGAGAGUGGCGGCUUUGCACAGCGUGUGUGUGAACCAGAUUGUCUGCGGCUAUGCACACACUCUAGCACUAACAGAUGAGGGCUUGCUCUAUGCCUGGGGAGCUAACACGUAUGGGCAGCUGGGAACUGGCAAUAAAAAUAACCUGCUAAGCCCAGCACACAUCAUGGUGGAGAAAGAAAGGGUGGUAGAGAUCGCAGCCUGCCACUCUGCCCACACCUCGGCUGCCAAGACCCAGGGCGGGCACGUGUACAUGUGGGGCCAGUGCCGGGGCCAGUCGGUGAUCCUGCCGCACCUCACCCACUUCUCCUGCACCGACGACGUGUUCGCCUGCUUUGCCACCCCCGCCGUCUCGUGGCGCCUCCUGUCCGUGGAACAUGAAGACUUUUUAACAGUUGCAGAGUCACUAAAGAAAGAGUUUGAUAGCCCAGAAACUGCUGACCUGAAGUUUCGAAUUGAUGGGAAAUAUAUUCAUGUCCAUAAAGCUGUCUUGAAAAUCAGGUGUGAGCACUUUCGAUCCAUGUUCCAGUCUUAUUGGAAUGAGGACAUGAAGGAGGUAAUAGAAAUAGACCAGUUCUCCUACCCUGUGUACCGCGCCUUCCUCCAGUAUCUCUACACAGAUUCCGUGGACCUGCCACCGGAAGACGCUAUAGGUCUUUUGGAUUUGGCAACGUCUUAUUGUGAAAACAGACUGAAAAAACUUUGCCAGCAUAUAAUCAAGCGAGGGAUCACUGUGGAGAAUGCCUUUUCAUUGUUCUCCGCUGCGGUCAGAUAUGAUGCAGAGGAUUUAGAAGAAUUCUGCUUUAAGUUUUGCAUCAAUCAUUUGACAGAAGUUACACAGACUGCAGCAUUUUGGCAAAUGGAUGGCCCUCUGCUAAAGGAAUUCAUUGCUAAAGCCAGUAAAUGUGGAGCCUUUAAGAACUGAAGCCCAAGGCUGCUGGGUUUUGUGUGAGUGUUCUGGGGCAUGGGUGAUGGUGUGUCGGUUGUGCUCUGCGGGCAAUGUAAUUCUGCAGGUAAAAACCCAUCAGGUGAUAUUUUUCCUACAUCUGAGACACCAUUCUCUGUGUAGGAAUAUGUGAAGUAUGGCUUUUCCAGAGCCUAGUUUAAACAAUACUUGUUUCCAGAUGUGUAUAUUUUAAAUGUGACCUUAUAUUUGGCUGGAACAUUGUAAAAGGGUGAAAGUUCAGCUGGUUGUUUUUGUUCUUGCUUGGAGGAACGUCUGAACUUGGAAAAAGGAAAUCUGAGGCAAGUUUCCUGGCUCACAUAUCAACAACCCUUUUGAUACCAGGAAUUGGGCUAGUGUGCAAAUUGUGAGGUAGAGAGGCCCUACCUUGAAUUAAAGGCCCUGAUUUUGGGGCUUGCUGAAGUGCUGCCUUAGUUGCUGACACAGCAGCCUUACUGUGAAGGAUCAGGCACAGUCAUUGGAGGUUUUUGUUUGUGAGUUUGCACUACUGAUGACAUUCUUUAACCUCAAGGUGUAUCAAAAUAAUAUUCAGUUUAAUAUGAAUUAAACCUAUUGAAAUAAUUAUGUAAAGAUGCAUUUCUAGGUUAGCCAAAAUGUCGCUUGAGAUUUAAGCACAUAAAUCAUACUAAUUUAGAACUAUCUGUGAAAAGUUGAUAAACUUUCUUUGGACAAAAGUGAAUUUUAUAAAUUAGACUCUCCACUACUACCUAACUGUGGUUUGUUAAAUUAAGAUGAAAUUUAAGAACUCAAGUUUAAAUUUCCCCUCUCCUCCUAUACAUGCUAACAUAAGAGGAAAAUAAUGACACAUUCAAUAUCUUCUUGCCUCCCUAAAUUAUCUCUGCUAAAUCUUCAAAUCUGUUACAUUGACUUAAAGGAAUAGCUUUUGAGAAUCAACUGUCUUACAGGAUUUAAUGGAAGUUGUUCUAACUCUAGGAAAAUAUCAUCACAAAUUUGCUUAUUUGAAAAUUUACCAGUUUUCACUUUUGAUAUUGCUCUUUUUAAUUGUACUAGGCAUAAUAUUAAGUACAAUUUAAUUUAAAAACAUGAUCAAAUGAUGGUUUUUUCCUGAAGUUUCUAUUUAAAAGGAACUUUUCAGUUGUGUUUUAUGUGUCUGCUGAGCUUGCUUUAGAACAAAGCUUUGCUCUGCUCUCCCAUCUAAGGUCUCUGCCUGGAAUGCAAAGCCCAAGUAUCUUUUUAGAGUGGAACUAAAAAUUGCAAAGAGAUGCUGCAGCUACUGUUUUUAGUGACAUUUUUGAGGUGUGUUGGGAAAGGGGAUGAUGGAUGAAAGAUAGGAAUUCAUUGAUAGGUGAAAUAAAUAGCAAACCUAGAAGCCCUGCUUCCCCCCGCUCCCCUUCUUCUUUUUUUAUACUAUAUUGUAAGUGAUUGAAGCCUAUUGAAUUAUUAGGUUAGAAUUAGUUCUGAAACAUGAUAUGACUUUUCUUAGCUUGGUAAAUACAAAUUUGGUUAUUAACUAUGAUUAUAACAAUCACUAUUCUGUAGGCUUAUAAUUAGGACAACACAGGAACUUCAGUAUGUUUACUAUUGCUCUUACUUGAAAAAGAAAAUUUCUCCCAAAAGCACAAACUAAAGUGUGUGUAUGUGUGUGUGUGUAUGUACACACACACACACACACACACACACAUAUCCAUUCCCAUAGAUAAUUCAUUCAACAAAUAUUUACUGAGUUCGUAAUGUAAGUGAAGAACCACUUCUUAUGUUAGAUUACUGUGUAAUUUGUAUGAGUAUGUAUGUAGGAAAAAAAUAGAAGUGUCCUAUUGAGUAUCUUUUAUUUUUAAUACUGUUAUUUUUUUACUGGUUUUUGUUGCUAGUUAUAGCAGGAGAUGAAAACUAUUCUUUGAGUUGCUUUUUUCAUCUGGUGUAAUAAUGAAAGCCAAAGUACUCAUAUUUCUUAAAUUAGCCCUUCAUCUACUCUUGAACUUCUUACUGGAAUAAUGUUUGAUACUCUAGAAUAUAGGCUGUAUUUAUGUAAUGUUCAGACUAAUACAUUAAUAAAUAAAAUAAUCUGUUAAAACA